UCGUGCCUUCUUAUCAGCUGAACUGGAAAUUACCCUGUUAUACUGUAUUAUUAUUCCGUUCAACACAGCUCCACGUACAGUUAAAGUCAAUGGAAUAUUUAUCAUUGAAGAGAUAUAACAUACAUUUAAGCUUGCAGCUGCCACAUAACUGAAUAAAUUAAUGAUUCCAAGUGUCUCUAUUCCACUGUUGCUGGUUGUGGCUAUCUCAUGGUAGAUAGUGCACUGAAGGUUCUGAGCCAUGGGAAACACCUGGACCUCUAAGUUGAAUGAAAAAUGCAACAAACUGGACUUCUACCAGAAGGUGAAGUCAAAACCAGCCGGAGAAGAACUGAUCACCUGCUCUUUUGGCAGUUGGUGCCGGCGUCAGAAGAAUGAUUGUGGCUUCUCGGACCAGGCUGACUACACAUCCAAUAGAAAUUGUCUUCUGCAUUUGAAUGGUUCCCUUAAGGCUGAUACCAUGGAGGGGAGGUUUUUUAGGAGUGGAUUUAAAUCUCGCCAUGAAGUGAUGAUCUAUGAAAAAGAAACACAAAGCUGUUUGACUAUCCGACUCCCAGCGCUGAGCUCCCCUGACAUGGUAGCCUAUGUUCACAGCAACAGGAUCAGGCGGAGGCGAAGAAACAUUCCAUCCACACGUGUUGUUGCUUACCAUGAUGGCUCCAUCAUAGUGCAGGUGAACUCAGCUCGCCAUCCAUCUUUUUCAAAGUUUUAUGUGAUCAACCUAGAGCUGCAGAUGUGCACCUGUUACUUUAUCCUGUACACAUCCAUCAGCAGAUGGUUUGAGGCGUACGUCUCCCCCAGCUGGACAAAUAUUGUGCUGCGUCCAGACAUGCGCUAUCAUUUUCACACCAACGUCAAUUACAAUGUUCAGGUUAUGAAAUGCAGCUCCCCAAAGCAGCAGAUGAUUUCCGUACACAAGUCCGCAAACUUCCUCCCCCACCACAGCCUUACCUACAACAGUCAGCUAGGGGAUGAUCAUAUUAUAGCGGCCAAACACAGGAGUAUUCAGAUUUAUGUAACAGAAACUUGGUCAGCUACUGAGCAGCAUAUUUUGCCUAUUGCUAACGCUAGCAUUCAACAAAUCAGGUCUAGCCCAUCAGGAGAAUACAUUGCCGUAAGGUACACCUACCCAGCUGAUGGAUGCUGCUUCAAUCGUAUCUUGAUUCUCCACUACCCCCAAUUCUCUCAUGUUAUCCAGGUGGAUGUUCGAGGUGCGUACUGGCCUGUCUCUGAGUUGGUCAACAUGCAAGUUUUCCCAAGGUUUUCACUCAGUGAGUUGUGUUUUGCCGUGAUGAAGCAGCACAACUACGGGAGGAAGGUUUUUGUUUACAAGCUUCCCAUCCAGCACCGCUCGCUGAAAGACAUCUGCCGCCGCGCCAUUUUACACCUAGUUAAUGCCAAGGAUAUUCCAUUGUUGCCAAUACCUUUGUCUCUGAAAUAUUAUCUUGCUCACCUCUCAGUGUGAGGAUUUAAAAACAUGGAUCUGGAGUAUGGUUUAUUUUAUACAUACAUGAAACAAAGCUAAUGUGCAAUGUUUUUUUUAACAAUUUUAACAAGGAGGGGCUGCUUCUCUAUCAUGCUCAUUUUUAAUAAAAAUUAUUUUAUUGUGUUGUGUUGAUAAAAAUGUGAAUCUGAACUGCUUUAAUAGUGAUGUAUUAAACAAGAAAAUUUAACCCCUGUUUUACUUAAAGAAAAUGUUUUGUUUAAAAACAUUUACUUACUGUAACAGGCAAAAAAAUAUAAAAUUAUAAUUUAACUAUUUUCCUGAUAUUACUUUUGUGCUUACAAGCCUUUGUUUAAUAAAUAAGUGCUGUCAUUAUAUUUGAGUUUUUCCCUUUGAUGAACUAUUGUUCAGUAAUAGAUUUUAAACCACACAUUUCUAUGGUUGAUGAUUUUAGAAUAGGAUUAACAGAGAUCUGAAAAAAGUACAAGUGAUUGAAAUGCUGUAUUCAUUUUUUAAAUGCCAAUGAUGUAAUCAUUUUUUAAAAUGUUAUCAUUAAUAUCAAAAUGAUUUGUGGUCAUGUAAUUAUUUAAAAAAAAUGUAAAUAUGUCAAUAUGCACAAUUUCAAAAAUGUAAUAUGCAUCAUUUUAAUUUUUUUUCUUCAUAAAAAUAUUAUAUUAUGAUAGAAUUUAAAAUUUCUUUUAACAAAUUGUUUUCUGAACAUAAAAGAUAGUAGAUCUAAAGUUUCAUGAUUUGGCUAUGUUCAGCUUUUAUUUAUCUAGUCUAAACUUGUGCAAUAUACUGAAUAAUUAGCAUCCAAUGGUAGGUUUCCCCGGCACAUUGGUAGCAUGUUUAACCCUUUCAGUAUCCAAUCUUGCCGCUUGUGCACAUUUUGAUGUAAUUGUAUUCUGAACCUGCAUAGAGUUUUUGCUUAUAUCAUCUUGCCUUAUAGUGUGUAUCUUUGUUAAGUUAUUGUUGUAAAAAAAUGUACAGUUUUUCUGGCGAAGUACUUUUGCGAAAUAAAAUAAUUUGUUAUAACCUAAACAAUUUUAUAUCAGCAUUAAAUAACUAGAUUUAAAAUGGCUAAAUAAUUAUCAAUAUUGUUUUAAUAGUUAUUUAAAAAUGCGUAGCUGAGAUAAUGCUAUACCAAAGUUUUUUUGUUUUGCACCCCAUUCCAAAACAUUGUUCUGGCAUAGUGUCAAAGACUGUCACUGAGCCACCUUUACGAGUUACAUGGGGUAAGGACUGCUGGACAAAACAAUGCCUUCUUUAGCUGCAACUAUUAGAAGAGUUCAACCAAAGUGUUAGGUUGCUAGAGGGUAUCACUUCACUUAAUAUUUUUGUAUUUUUUUUUUUGGCAAUUUAAAAAAUUUAGAACUUUUUGUAUAGGACUAUAAUAGAUAUUAAUUCUGUUUUGUUUUAUUCUUUAUAAGUUUGAAUAGAGAUUUUACUGCCAUAUGCAUUUUAGUAAUUUGUGUUACGUACAAUGUUUUCUUUCAGUAUGUCCUACUUAUGCAAUUUUCUUUUAAAAACCUGCAUUAAAAAUGUACUUUUUAUAUUUUGAAACCUUCCUGUUCUUAUCAUUUUAAUUUUACCAAAAAUAUUAAUACUGUUACAAAAAUGUAUUACUUAGCAAAAUCUUUGGUGCCUUCUAACUAAAUUCUGCUCUGUUGAAUUAAUAUUUUUUUCCAAAGUGUGAUAAAAAAUGCUUUUAGAAUUUGAUGGUUUUAAAAUUAUUUUCUUGUAUUAUUUUAAUUAAAAAAAUGAAAAUGUUAUUUUAUUUUGGCAUUUUGUUGCAAAAAAUAAAAUGUAUGUUUAUUAUGCACUGGUACACAAAUCUUUAUGCAAUAAUAACACUCAGCACUUAAGUCUUUUAUAUUUGAUGAAAUUGUUAAUGCUAACGCUGUGCCUUUGCACAUAUAGAAAUUUUUCACUUCAAUAAUUCUAACCAUUGGAAGCAUUAAUUAAUAAUUUUUUGUUAUAGCUAUGCUGAUUUUUUAAAACUAUAAUUAUGUUUAUCUCAUGAUUUCUGAUGUAAUCCAAACUCUUAGAUAAAAUUAUAUAUAAAAUAUAGUUUUAUUUGGUGAGAUAUUUUUAAAUUUUCAUUUUUUCAAUUUCUAGAAUAUGGCCAUGUGAUCAAGAUUACUGCUAUAUUUGUUUUCUAACAGUGUAUGAUGUUUAGAACUGGUUGGGAUUUUGCAUAGUAAAAUAUUUUAAAAAUUCUAUAAGUACAAUCUAAUUUUAAACAUUAUGUUUUUGUUAUAUAUAUAAAAUCUUUAAAGAAAAAUUACCAGUGUAAAAACUUCUAUUCAGUAUUUGUUUCUUUUUUUUUAACAAGUAUAUCUUUUCUCUUUAUAUCUUGUAAUCUAUUUCACUGUCACAUUGAAAAGCUAUUUCACAUUUAAGAUAGAUGUAAAUCAAUUCAAUGCAGCUAUUUUAAAUUCAUUAUCGCAAUCAAUGGUUACUUUUAGACACAUGUAUUCUUCCUAUGUCAUUUUUUGACUUGUGCACUUUUUAAAAUUACCUCAAUGGACCAUUUAUAAAUUUUUCAAGACUUUUUCCCCAUUAUUCCUAUUAUUUUUAUUACUUGGAAAAGAAUGAUUUAAACUCUAUUGUUCUUCACUCCAGUGGGUAUCAUUAAGUAAUAUUUGAAGUAAAAGUUGUACUGCCCUAGUUUCCGUCAGUUAAUACUUUACAGUACUUAAUCUUUGUUCCGCCUUUACCUUUAUAGAAAAUAUAGUGUGCUGAGUUUUUAAAUUUUUCCGAUGUGAGAUUUGACAUUUUGACUCCUGUGGUCCAUGCACAUUCCUCUUACCCCAGGGGUCCAGGAUCCCCUGCGUAAGGACUCUUGCUUUAGAUAUAAAAAAAUAAUUCCUUCUUAAAUUAGUUGAAAAUAUGAAUAAUAAUCUUUAAAAAAAAGGAUGGGAAAUUCCCUAAUUAUAAACACAUUAAUUUUUACUUUCCCUUUCAUCCAUAACAUUUUCUACUAUCCCUCCAUUUUCUGUAAUAAUCAUGUGUUUUAUUAGUUUUCUAUUGAAUUGUUCCAAAACAUUUUUUUUUACAAAUUACUCUUGCUCAAGACAGACCAAUAAUCUUUUGUGCAUAUUACCUUGAAGUUUCAUUUUACUACUGAAAAUAACUUACAAUAAUAACACUUUUAAGAAAUCAUUUUUCUUUUGUUAUUCUUUUCAAAAUAAUUUUUAGCCCUAAAUCAUCAAACUUGUAAGCACUGUAAGUAGAACAAGAAUAUAAUUUAGUAAUAUGUAUGUAAAAUCUAUCGUACUUUUUUAAAAACAAUGUAUAUUCUUCCUUGAACAAUUAUUUCUUAUUUCUUAAUAUUCCUUUCAUUUUAAAAAUUCCGUUUUUAUUGGUAUUUUCUUUACUCUUUAACUUGUUUCAUGCCCUUGUUCUUUUUAGCAUUUUUUCGAUAUGUAUCAUAAUCUAGUAAUACAUGUUUUUAAAAUGUGUGAUCUAAUCAAGAUUAUCUCUUUAUCCUUAGUUUAUUUUACAAUUUAUCAAUAACGAUGUGAAUGUGCAAUUAUUUGGCUUUGGGUACUUAUAUCAAUUACAAUAAGAAAAACAACAAUGCAUCCUUCCCUAUUACCAAUUUUCCU